GUGGCCGGAAGACGCUGAGGUAGGAGAAUUGUGUUCAUUGCAGAUUCUUCUCUGCAUUUCAAUUGGCUUCUCAGACAGGCAGGGUAGCCUCAGCAACGUGCACAGUCAGGGUCUCCGGCGCUCUACGAAUCAUUAUAUACGCCCAGCACUGCGAUGAUGUUACCUGGUAAAGGGCGGAAAAAAUCUCCAAGCUCCACAUGACAGUAUUUCGGCAGAAUGGUCAAGAAAUCCGGCAACGGCGGUGUUUACCCGGGUCCAGCUGCGGAGAAAAAACUCAAAGUAGGCUUUGUCGGGAUAGAACCUGGGGCUACGGACUCAAACAAAGAUGCGGCGCUGCUCAUAGCAGGUGCGGACGCCAAGGCAACAACACGGGGAAGCAUCCUUAGCAAACCGAGAUCCAGCCUCUCCGGCAAACCCAAGCCUCCAAAGAGAACUGUAUUCUACAGAAGACUGCAAAAUUUUCUUUACAAUGUUUUGGAGAGACCAAGAGGAUGGGCAUUCAUUUAUCACGCAUACGUUUUUCUGCUGGUCUUCUCCUGUCUGGUCCUCUCUGUGUUUUCCACCAUUAAGGAGUAUGAGAAGAGCUCUGAAGAUGCCUUGUACAUACUGGAAAUAGUCACCAUCGUAGUGUUUGGUGUGGAGUACAUCGUGAGGAUAUGGGCCGCCGGAUGCUGCUGCAGAUACAGAGGAUGGAGUGGCCGUCUGAAAUUUUCCCGCAAGCCCUUCUGUGUGAUCGACGUCAUGGUUCUGAUUGCGUCCAUCUCUGUGCUGGCGGCUGGAACCCAGGGGAAUGUCUUUGCUACUUCUGCCAUCAGGAGUUUGAGGUUCCUGCAGAUCUUGCGCAUGAUCCGGAUGGACCGCCGUGGAGGCACCUGGAAACUCCUGGGAUCUGUUGUUUACGCUCACAGCAAGGAGCUGAUCACAGCGUGGUACAUUGGCUUCCUCUGCCUCAUCCUGGCGUCCUUCCUGGUUUAUCUGGCUGAGAAAGAGGACAACGACCAGUUUGAGACCUACGCAGACGCACUGUGGUGGGGCCUGAUCACCCUGACUACCAUUGGGUAUGGAGACAAGUUUCCCAUAACGUGGAACGGGCGUCUUCUGGCCGCAACCUUCACCUUGAUUGGAGUGUCUUUCUUUGCACUUCCAGCAGGGAUCUUGGGCUCCGGCUUUGCCUUGAAGGUCCAGGAGCAACAUCGACAAAAACACUUUGAGAAGCGUCGGAAUCCUGCGGCAGGGCUUAUUCAGGCCGCGUGGCGCUUCUACGCCACCAAUCUCACCCGGCCAGACCUGGAGUCGACGUGGGAUUAUUAUGAGCGCACCGUGUCCGUGCCGAUGUACAGACUGAUCCCGCCACUAAAUCAACUGGAUCUACUAAGAAAUCUGAAGAGCAAGUCGGGACUGUCAUUCAGGAAGGAACCCCAACCGGAGUCCUCCCCAAGUCAGAAGGUCAGCCUGAAGGAGCGUGUUUUCUCCAGUCCCCGGAGCUCAGGGACCAAAGGGAAAGGUUCACCCCAGGGCCCCAGUGGACAAGGCAGCCAGGGUCAAGGCCAAGGCCAACCCAUUCACAGGUCCCCCAGCGCCGACAACAGCAAUGAAGACAGCCCCAACAAAGUGCCCAAGAGCUGGAGUUUCGGAGAACGCAGCCGGGCACGUCAAGCCUCCCGCAUUAAGGGCGCCGCCUCGCGCCAAAACUCGGAAGAAGCCAGCCUCCCUGGAGAGGACAUAGCAGACGACAAUAAGAGCUGCCACUGUGAGUUUGUCCCUCAGGACCUAACUCCCGGACUCAAGGUCACUAUCAGGUCCAUUUGCAUUAUGAGGUUCAUGGUCUCCAAGAGGAAGUUCAAAGAGAGCCUGCGGCCGUACGACGUGAUGGAUGUCAUAGAGCAAUAUUCAGCCGGCCACUUGGACAUGCUGGCCCGCAUCAAAAAUCUCCAGUCCAGAGUUGACCAGAUUGUUGGUCGAGGUACUCCGAUCACAGAUAAAGACCGUCCCAAAGGAACCACAGACGGGGGGGUUGAGGAGGACCCAAGCAUGAUGGGGCGUUUGGGGAAAGUGGAGAAAAAGGUCAUGUCAAUGGAAAGAAAGCUGGACUUCUUGGUGAACAUCUACAUCCAGCGCAUGGGCAUCCCCCAGUCGGAGACUGACGCUUACUUUGGGUCCAAAGAGCCCGACCCGGCACCGCCCUACCACAGCCCUGUGGACCACAUGGCGAAGAGUGGCUCCAUCACCAAAAUCAUCCGCUCCAACAGCUCGGCCGGACAGAAGAACUUCGACCCCCCACCAGCCUGUUCCGGCCUAGGGGGACACUGCCCCCCCUCCACCUCCUGGCAGCAGCACCCCGUCAGUGAGGUACACCAGCGCAGCCAGGACAACACCCCCUCCCCCGUAGGGGAUCCCUCCCUGGUCCGCAUCCCUCCUCCACCGGCCCAUGAGCGCUCAUCUGGAGGCCACAGUGGGAGCAAUCGGGGGUCCCACCGCAACAGCGGUGGUGGCAGUGGUGAGGGGGAAAGAGAGGGCAAGGCAGACAGCGACACGUCCAUCUCUAUCCCCUCGGUGGACCACGAGGAACUGGAGCGCUCGUUCAGCGGCUUCAGCAUCUCCCAGUCCAAGGAAAAUCUGGACUUCCUGAACAACAGCUACUUCAGUGUUGUAGCCCGCUGCGCCAAAGUAAGGCCCUACAUCGCAGAAGGUGAAUCCGACACUGACUCGGACCUCUGUGCCCCCUCGCCCCACUCUGCCACCGGGGAAGGCGCUUACGGGGGCAGAGGGUGGUCAGGAUCCAAGUAGGCCAAAACUGGAACUGCUCAUAUAAAUGGUCACUCUGCCUUAGAGUUCAGAGUUGACUGCCCAAUAUGCUAGGUGUUACCACCAAUGGUACUUGUGAGAACCGAAUAAUCUGGCUCCUCUUGAAUGAGUGAGAAAAAAGGUUAUCAGACCACGCUCCAACGGUUUUUGCUGAGAAAGCGCCUGUAGUUUUUCAUGCUGGGAAUGUUUGCGGCAACUUGACUUAAAGCACACACAUUUGUUCUCAAGUAUUCGCACACUCAUUAACUCAAGGUUAAGUUUGUCAGUGAUUGUUUUGAUCUUUUACUCGGGAACGGAAUGCAUAUUAAUUGCCAACCUUAUAUUAUCAUUGAGAUGGUUACAGAAUUAAAGAAUUCACUUGAAUUUGUUCAAAACUAUGACAUCCAUAUUCUUUUGUUGCAUUUGAUUGUUUUUGUGGCAUAAGAGAUUCCCAAUUUCAUCUAACUUGUCAUGUAUUGUAUUUACAUCCCAAAUUACUUAGUUAUUUACAGUGGAUGACAUGUUUUGCUUUAUGGUUGAUCAGCUAAAUAUAUUUAUUUCAAAGGAAUGUAAUAUUAUAGUCAACAUUAUGGCUCGUGUCCAUAAACCCUAUUGGAUAUAAGGACAUGUGAUAACCAGUUCUAUAUGCACUAUUUUAGCAGUAAUUGUGGUACACAACCCUUUAAGGCUUCUUUGCAUAAAUGUGCACAAGGCACAAACGCACUGACGAUGUUCACAUUACACUACUCACUAUAGAGAUUGUACAUAUUCGAUACCCACAAUAUUAUAUUUGUGAUAUCCACAAAGAUGCUUUCUUUGGCAAGUGGUGGAGUACAACCAAUAUUGGAACAUUUUGUUUGGUCUUUAUGAUCUGUAAAGAUGUAUUUUAUUGAUUUUUUUUUUUAUAUCACAUAAUUGUAAUUAUAUUUAUUUGUUUAUUAAUUUGCUGUAAGACAAAUAUGUGACGUUUUUGGAAAACAAGCUGCAUGUGCAAGCACAAACACCUUGCAGCUGUUUGCCAAAUAGUAUUCAAAUGCACUAUUUGCCAACUACAUCCAUAAUAUGACACAACUGGAAACAUUAACAGAAUUCACUAACAUAUAAUUACAACAGCUAUAGUUAGAUGAACGCUUUAUAUUUUGUUGAUUGCAUCACAUUUUUAUGAAAGUUUUUAUAAUAUCAUUUCAUGAUGAUAGAAAUGUUAACAAAAUAUUCAGGCACGUUAUUUAAUUAACAUUGUAUAUUUUUUGCAAAAGACUUACUCACAAGCUUUGACAUGAUAUUUGAUUUAAGCCAAAUGGGGGCAUUUAACAACCUGUUUUAUCCUUUGAAAAGUCCCUUUAUCCAUUGAUAUUUCAACAUAUAUAUAUUUUUUAAUUAACUGUGUCCUUUCCAAGGCAUAAACAUUUAAGAAUGUAUGUGUAAUGUUUUACUUUUACUUUAUGAUUAUUUUAGUCAAACUUUGCUCUGCCAAUAUUUUUGCUGCUGUUUUCCCUCCAUUUUCUCCAGUGCCGAUCGGAAUAUCUAGACAAAUAUUGAUGGCAAAGGUACACACGUAUGAAUUACUGACAGCAGACAUUUUUUAUUCACACUCUGUAUUGUGGAUACACAAUGAUUGAACAGAUACAUUCUGCAACUGGAUCUAAAUAGGUUCAUCCAGAGAUUAAAUUACUCCAUAAAUUAUUAAAUGAAUCAUCAAAUAGAGAGCUACCUUCAAACCCUUUUAAAAUGCAGACUUGCAUGAGAUAAAAUGAUCUUUUCAGCAACUGCCUUGUUAAUGUCCUGGUGACAUAUCUUCACUCCUGUCAUUCUAAAUGAAAAGACCCAGGAGACGCAAAGCAAUUAUAUUUCCUAGGUUCAACUGGCAACACAAUUUACUGCAGGGAAGAAUACACAUUUUCAACAAUUAUCAUCUCCGCAAAGACAUCAAGAAAUAUCCUGUUUGUUUUGUUUGUUACAUAUUUUCACAUCUAUGCUGCCUUGCUUGCUUGUUUACAUUUAAUUAUUUUCCAAAGAGUAUACUUCUCAAAUGCCUUGGAUGUCUUUUAUGUUUGUUUUUUUCCAACCUUUGUUACAGGCCAUGUUUGAAAGAGCUAUUCUGAACACAAAAUAUGCUUGUGAAUGUAUUUUUGAAUGUUGUCUCACUCAAGGUAUUACCAUCACUGUUAGCACACAGCAUGCUUAAACAUAGUUAUUUGGAGCAAAACAGAAACAAAUAAGUAUUAGAAAGACAAAGUUCUGAAAAGGACUACAGACAGAGCGAUACUUCAUGUCACUUGUAUUUUUCAACCCCUGCAAGCUUACAUUUUUUUUGAGAGGUGGGGGGGACUUAUUGUACAGCAUAUAUGUGUUUACAGGAUAUAUUCAUUUUAUUUUACUGAAAGUAUCAAUUUGACAGUCACAUGGAUUUUGUGACAUGCUGUAAGCAAUCAAGCAGCCCCCAAAUA